UUCGACCCUUGCACACGUGUAGCCGAAGGACUCAAUCGCGAUCGUUACUAGUAAGAAACUUGCCAACAGCCACUUCGUCCUUACGAGUCGACGUUUACACUACAAUCAUGUCCGACGCCAAUAUCAACAAUACUGCUCCCAUUAAAUGGGCCCAGCGUUCCGAUUCUCUCUAUUUGACCAUUGCCUUGCCCGACGUCAAGGAUGAAACAAUUAAUCUCGAAGACCAGACACUGAAAUUCAAGGGCACAUCGGGUGAUAAGAGCUACGAAGUCAACAUUGAAUUUUUCAAGAAGGUCGACGCCAAGGAUUCGACCUACAAAGUUCUCCCUCGCUCGAUCCAGAUGCACGUGAUGAAGCACGAAGAGGAUCGGGAGGAGUUUUGGCCCCGUCUUCUGAAAGACAAGGCCUUGGAGAAAAACCAAGUCAAGAUUGAUUGGGAUCGUUACGUUGACGAAGACGAGGAGGACGAAGGCUUCGAUACGUCCGCUUUGGAAGGCGGUAUGGGUAUGGGAGGUAUGCCACCAGGUAUGGGUGGAAUGGGAGGCAUGGGAGGUAUGGGUGGCAUGGGAGGCGGCGCCGAUAUGGAAAGCCUAAUGAAACAGUUGCAAAUGGGUGGCGCAGGCGGCGGUAUGGAUCCUUCCAUGUUUGGAGGAGGUGAUGAUGAUAUGGGUGAUGACGACGAUGACGAGGAAGGCGGAGAAGACGACGAUCUUCCGGAUCUGGAAGAGGCGUAAAGAUGCGGUCGAAGAAGUCUUGGGGAAGAUACCACGGAAAAAGGUGGUUUGGCCUCGUACGGUGCCAUUGGUCUUGCGUGUAUAAAGCAGCAGGAUAAGCGCGCUUUUUGUUGGAAUUCCCUUUCCCGCCGACAAUGAGAUUUACAGAUAGUAUUAGAGUAAUCAAAGGUAGAGGAAACAUGCUCAUCUUG